AUGGAGAGGUGCUGGUGGUCUGAGGUGCGGUGGUGCUGCCUGAACAAGCCAAGUCCUGUCUCUCCUUCAGGUGCCUUGCUGCUUCGGAGAGAUUCCAGAGCUGAGGGGAAGAAGUUGGGAGACACUGAAUCCUGCCUCUUUCCCUUCCCUUCUCUCCGCUCUCCUCCCCACCCAUCCGGCCUGCGCUGGGGCCCCAAAGGGCACUGCCCCCGGCGGAGCUGGAGUCUGGUUAAGGAAUCUCGCAGCGUCUGGCCCCUCGACGACUUCUUAAGCAAACCUUGGGGUCUGGAGGAGAGAAAGCUACAGGUGCCUGUACACCAUGACCUGGAGACCUCAUAUGUGGAUCCUAGCAAUUCUCCUGACUGGCUUCGGAUCCAGACUCUCCUGCAGCAGCUGCCUCCACAAGACAGUGAUGAACGGUAUUGUUCAAUCCUUGGGGAAGAAGAGAGAUUCCAGCUUCGGCUGUUCAGUGCCCAUCGGAGAAAGGAGGCUCUGGGUCAGGGGGUCAUCCGAUUGGUGCCCCCUAGGUUUGAAGGGUAUAUGUGUGAGAAGUGUGGUGCAAAUCUGAAACCAGGUGAGCCUGGGGUGUUUGCAGCUAGAGCGGGGGAGAGGAGUUGCUGGCAUCCUGGCUGCUUCACCUGUCAGUCCUGUAGCCAGGCCCUCCUAGACCUGAUCUAUUUCUACCACAAGGGGCACUUGUACUGUGGCAGGCACCAUGCGGAGCUGCUCAGACCUCGCUGCCCUGCCUGUGACCAACUCAUCUUCUCUGGCAGGUGCACAGAGGCUGCAGGGAGACACUGGCAUGAAGAUCAUUUCUGCUGCUUAGAUUGUACAAGACCUCUUAGCUCUGGACAGUAUGCUCUGCCUGGCAGUGGGCCCUGUUGCCCCAGAUGCUUUGAAAAUCGACUUCAUUCUGAUCCCAACUCCAGCCAGCCUGAAGGAGAGUCUAUUGCCUCCCAGAGCAAAGAUCCUACUCCUGUCUGCUCCAGUUCCUGCCAUGAAAACAGUAUUGAGCAACCUACAGACAGCCCUGUAGAUGAGAAAGAUGAGAUUCCCCAGAGCUUCCUAAACAGUCCUGGGAUCCUUGAGAAGAGCUCUGAAAAGAGAAGACAAAGUCGCUCUCUGAGGACUCCUCGUUCAAGGGAAGAUGGGCCCUGCCCCACUUGCUCUUCCUCUUCGGACUCUGAGCCUGAUGGCUUUUUUCUGGGACAGCCUCUACCCCAGCCUGGGGAUAGGAGUCCUGCUGAUCCUGGCAGUUUCCACCUACAUGCUGGGGGCAGAGCCCCAGGAAGACAGUGUAGGGUCUGCUAGAAUUCUGCCCUCCUUACCCUUACUACUACUGCCUCAGAUGCAGGUGGUGAAAAAGUGUGAACCUGAGCAUCUGUCCCAGACAGAAGACUCCCCCCUCUAGAAAAUGGAGCCUGGAGUCUUCAGUGAAGGAGGUUGCAACCAAGGACACUGACAUUCAGCAGUGAGCAGGGGUUCAGGUCCCAGCCCUGGGGGUGAGAGUGAGUAGGAUUCUGCUGUGGGGUGAAGAUACCCAUCUUCCUGACUGGCAUAUACUUUUCUUCAUCUUCAAAUAGGUCCAGCCUUUUGGGACUAUCCCAGCUCCAUGUUUGCCAGGCCAGAUAGAGCUACAAGUACUAGCCUUGCAUUGACAGCUGUCCUCAGGUUAACCACAUCUUCAGUGAAAGCUCAGGUAGUUCUGAAACCUGGGGGGGUCAGUUAACAAGUAUUUAUUAACAUUGAAUGAGGGCACUGUGCCAGGCACCAAGCAAGCAGGCACUUAAUAAGUGCUGGUUGACUGACUGACUGACUGAUUGGUGUACCGACACAAUGGUGUAAAUAAAACUGGCCGUGUGACUUUGAACAAA